AAAGUCGCAGGUCUGCCGAGAUCACGCAAUAUGGAGGCAGUGCAGCACUGCAGUACCUAUGCUGUAGCUGGGAUGCAACUUCCCAAAACGCGUAUAAAACCCUUGCCCUAGGAAAACAAAACCUCCCCAUUCAUCUCUUCCCUGCAACAGCAAAUCGUCUGCAACAGCAAAUCGUUUCUCACUUCAGCAAAUUCUUCGCCUCUGCACCAUGAAGUUCUCUCUCGCCAUCUGCCUCCUUGCCAGUCUUGUGGCCGCAGUUGCGGCUGUUCCGGCGCAGCCUCGCCUUCCCAAGCUUGGAGAGGUUAGUCGCCAAUAUGACAUUGAUUGUCUGGAAAGAUCGUAUCCAAUAUUCAAUCCUUGCUGUCUAGAGUUCAACAAGGGCACUUCAGGCUGCGAGGGCGAAUACCACUACAGCUAG